UUUGACAUCCAACUCGCAUUCCGUGCUCACCGUCACAAGCAAGAAUUUUAGUCUUCCUCGUACCUAACACAGGUCAUCACCGCUGUGCUAGACGCCAUUCUCUCUGGGCAUUGAAGGCGGGUGACCGUCGCGUUGACGGGUUAACGACAUGGCGUUCAACAUUCGUCGCAGGAACUUGACCCGGGUGGUCCUAGCUUUGGGUUUUGCUUUGGUUGUGCGAUUCUUCGUUGUGUCAUCCACACCGUCGUAUUCGCCAAAUGACCAUGAGAUCCAAGGCAGUAAUAUGCUAGACCUGGUGUCACGUCCAGAUAACGUCCUGGACGUGCGAAGGUACAAAUUCUUGCAGUCGAGAGUAGGAAGAGACGAAAAGCCGGACUUGUUGGGGGAUAUCGUGACGAACGGAGUGAAAGACUUCUGGGAAAGGUUCCAGAAACCAUAUAUCGUGGGGAAGGACACCGCGCACAUGGAUGCUCAGAACGUCGUGACUUCCAUAGAGCAGCUUUUUUCCUUAAAUGGCUGGGUCGCGGCCCUCUGUCCUACACUCACCCGCCCAUUCGGACAAAACAAACAUGAGCACGCAUACGACGACAUCAUCAGCAAAAACCAUCUGUACUAUAUCGGCAUCGUCAUACACUCUGCCGACCACUUCCUCGUCGACCAGCUUGCCGUUAUUGUCCAGCUCGCCAAACGUCUUGGUCCCUCUAAUCUUUUUGUCUCUAUGCUCGACUAUGACUCGACAGACUCUACCGCGACACUGACUGACUUGUCUGAAGCCGUCUUGACGCUACUUGGCGUGCCGUUCAGAAUACGGAAAGUCCCUGGAAUGACCGAGGACCCCAACACGGCCUACUAUCCAUUGGAGGAAGCGCAUAUGAGGAAUCUUGCUUUGGAGCCAUUGAAGGAACUGUAUCAAAAGCGGAACAUCAAGUUCCAUCGAGUGAUUUGGCUGAAGGGAUUUACAUGCCCCAAUGAUAUAUUCGAGACACUCAAAAUCAGCGAGGCCAACGAGGCAGCCAUGGUAUGCGGGAUGGAUUGGGCGGAGCAUAACGGCUUCUUCAUUUUUUCUGAUCGGUGGAGAACGCGCGACAUCAAUGGAGACCAGUUCAGACAGUCUAAAUCAUCCUCAAAACCAGAUGCGGUCCCGCCAAGGGAUGCGGUUGGCUCCCAACGAUACUCACAGCAUCUUCCUUUCCAAGUGUUCUGUUGCGAGUCGGGGACGCACGUCGUCGACCCUGCUCAGUCGUAUUACGAGGGGAUAUUUUAUCGUUCGGGUACAGAUUUCCACAACGUUUCCGGCGUAUCACCGCUCAACGACCGAGCGCCUGACGCCCCGUGCUUGGACAGCAGCCAAGCUUGGUUCUGCAGGGAUCUGUGGACACAUAAGGCCAACGAGGGCAUGAAGGAGGUGGACGCUGGGUCGGAGGCCAUCAGGAGGAAGAAACGGGCGGUGCAUCUCGAUGUUCAAGAGGAUAGACGAAGAGCGGUUGAGGAUGAAGUUAAGGAAGGGCCUGCGCAUCGGCAGCCCGCUGAGGCGGAUCCAGAUGCGAACGCUGGCUCCGACUACGAUGCCAUGCCCGACUCGGAUGUUCCUCUCGAGGCCGCACCUGCUAAGUUCUCGAUACCCAACUCGGUAUUCAGACCUGCACGAAUCUUGGUCAAUCCGCGGUGUGUGACGACGUAUGCCGGCGUCAGUCAUACGCAGCUCGCCUUGGACUUGUUUGGCCCGGAGAGGGACAGUACCGGGCCUGAAGGCGUAGGGAAGUAUGUGCUGGAUGAUUGGGAGGGUGCACCGGAGAGCUUUGUGUGUCAAGAGCAGCGACAAACUGGGGGACGCAAGGCGACAAAGACCCAGCGUCGGCUCGGGUUCUCGAUCCACGAGGAGUUAGAGAGAGCUCCAUGACAUUGGUGAAACUGUGUAUCUCGUAACAUUCCAUAAUUAGUUUCUCGCUAUCGAUACAGUCAAACCUUCGCUCUGUGCGCAAGAAAGCAAUCUAUCAGCUGCAUGUGAACUUGUC